CUGAAGUCCGUCUGUCUGUCUGUCUGUCUGUCUGAAGGGACGAACGGGUCCGUAGUGUGUGUAUGCGGCGAUGGAUGUGUGUACGAUCUGCCGGCCGGCAAAGUGGGGUGGGCCGGCAAAGUGGGGUGGGGUGAUUCUGCCGCACAGAGACCUCAUUUACUCGUAAGCCAAACUGACAACAUGACACGCACGACAACGAGUGUGGCCCGCGUCGUGCGCUUGCAUGUUGCUGAGCGCACCGCAUUCGUUUGGGAAUGAACAGCAUUGGGUGCUUGGGCGCCGGCGAGACGUCGAAGCGGGCCGUCGUGCACACCCGGGGGGGCGGUGUGGGGCACCUCUUGCGCUUGUUGUCGUAUCGGCUCUUGCGGCCGUCAUCCCACAGCUGCAUGACAUCAUCCCCCUGGCCCGACAACUCACCCGAACGCUCACCAGCACAUACACCUAGACAGACGCACACAAAAGUGGUCGGAGCGGUGGUGUCUCUUUCUGUCUUCCCCUUGUGCUGUGUGUACCUGCACCGCUUUUAUUGUUGUUGUCACUGUGAUGUCCCCCGUCCAGCCGCCCCGAUGUGCCCUCCUUAUGGCUGUCGUGUUUGUUGGCGCUGCCUGCCGGUGUGCUGCUUUCGCGCUUGACACGGCGGGCAGGGGAAGCGGCCUUGGGCUGGGGCGUGCGGGGGGCUUCAUCAGACACAUCCACAGCCAUACCGGUAGCUGCCGGACAGAGGGGGAGAGACACAUAGGCAUGGCGGCAUAGGGAAAGCCUUUGUUGGUGUGCGAGUGUUGGGUUGAGUUCCUCACCAUGUUUGUCAUGGUGGUGUGUGUGUGUGGCCGUCGAGGGGUCGGCCAUCGUGUGUAUCGCCAUUGAGUCGGACGAGUACUGCUGCCCAAUACCUGCACACACAGACACAGAUUGGCUCGCGAACGUCACACCCUUCAUCAAUUCAGUCGUGUCUCAUGACCUUCCACGAUUUUUGCGAUUUCGAGCAGACUCUUGACAUCCUCACUCACACGGGGGGGCGGCUGCUGCCCCCCGCCAUCACGGUACACGUCAUACGCUGACACAAACCACCGACCAAACCAACCAAAAGAUACAUAUGACCCCCGCUGCCCCCCCACCCCCCCACGCACCUUUGUUCGUCCUCCACGGCGGCAGCGGGACCGAUGUGGUCUUGCCGCGACGACGCCUUACGGGCUUGCCACCGUCACCCACACUCCCCUCACCCCCACCGCCCCCAGCGCCAUCCCCACCACUCAGCACGGCAGACGAUGCGUGUGUGUCCUUAGCCACCGGCAGCGGCACCAUGUCACACACGGGCUCUGUGGGCGGCCGGAUGAUCUCGGGACACCCAUGGUCAACACCAGACAAUGACUUCCUGCAUAUAUAGAUGGAUGGAUGGAGACAUAAGUGAAGAAGGGUAACUUGUGUUUGGUGUGUUGGGGUUGCCUGUGUGGGUCCUUGAGUAGUAGCAUGUCGUGUGUGGCGUCGUAUGGGCUCAGCACGAUGGCCAUCUGGUGGGGCGAUGGCAACACGUCAGUGGCGGUGGGGGUGGGCGGGGCCGGCAACUCCUACAGAUGACAAAACAGACCUGUAGCUUAGUACUAUUGGGUGCAGUUCGUCUCCCUCUCUCUCUCUAGGGUUGCCUUUAUGUUGAUGAUAUCGAUGGCCGACAUCUCAUCGUGACAACUGAAGGCACAGCAGAUACAGACACGAGAACGCAUCCAUGUGUGUGUAUCGUCCCGCCCCCCCCCCCCCACACAGAGAGAUCAUUACCGAAUGACAGCGAAGUCAUUGCCUUCAACACAAUACGACAAACCUGUAUACCACACAUCACGCACACGGUGGUGUGAGGCCAUCUCUGUCCGUGUGUGGUGUGUAUGGUGUUGUUACUGCGUGAGAAUCGUGGUAUGAUGCGUUUGGAGUAGGCCGCCCGCUCGACGCUGUCCGUCAGGCUCUGCAGAUCCCAACACACCGGCUUGUUCACCACCACCACAAACAACUGAACACACAGACAAACGCCAUGACGCAUCCACACACCUCACGCCCCUCUCCCCCUCCCCCACUUGGCCUGCUUACCGUGCGUCUGUCAGCGAACAUGACAUUGCUGUCGGGCCAGAAGUGCGCCUUGAAGAACGGAUGGUCAUGCUGGUGCUGGUGGUGCUGGGGCUGGUGGUCUGUGGGCGGGGUGUGUGUGGGCGGGGUGUGUGUGGCACUGGCAGAGGUGCCCGGUGCGUCGGGUGAGGAGCUCUCGUGUGAGGCGUCCAUGGUGUCGAGGUGCAGCAGGGCGGGGAAGGCCUUGCCAUCGCGCCGCUUGUGGCUCAGCUUCUCCCACCACUGGCUGGGGUACUCACUCGCCAACUCGGACCUGGUUAAUCAGAACACCGUCAUGGCGAGUGUGUUGGUGUGCGUGUGUGUGGACGUACUUGUGCGGGCGGAGCUCACAUUCUGAGUGUGCAUGUCUGCAUUUGUCCCCCUUGCUGCACACACCGCUCCACUCGUAGAAUGGGCAGAGGACCUCCUUGUAGCCAGGACCCGAACGCAACUCCUGCACACAACAGAUGCACACACAUGGGGAGAAAACGGGUCGCCGUCAUGCGUGUGGUAUAUUAAGUACCUCUUGGCCGUGGGCGAAUGAGCAGAUGGCGCCCCGCGGGCAGUGACCGUUCGUCAUCACCCAAUCGCGGCAGAUGGACGUCUUGUACACUGCACACAGGUGCACAGCACACACACACACGGUUUUCUGUUCAGCCAUCCAUCCAUCCAUUCAUUCCGUCCGUCCGUCCGAUCGUCAAUGGCCCAUGUGCAUACGCCGGUGGCUGGGCGACAGUGUGGAGCCUCGGGGGAAGGCCGGCAGCGGCGGGCCUUGCAGAGCCAUCGGCAGACCAAUGGAAUGGACGACGGCCGGGCCUUCGGAGCCGCUCGCAGAUCUCACACGAACGGAAGAGCGGACCAAGAGAACGAAC